GAGGAAAUAAACUUUUAUACUGUUUUCAGCCUCUUCGCUCAGCUUCUUUGCGUAACGGGGAGCCGCUGUCUAUGUAUUCUUAAAUGGCGGAAGAGGUCUUGAUUGAAUCUUCUGGGAAAAUAUCUGUGCACCUGACAAAGUCCCUGUUGGCGGUAGCUUUCCUCUCGUCCUUCGGCAGCUCCAUGCUCUAUGGCUACAACCUGGCCGUAGUCAACUCUCCUGCUGAGUACAUUAAGGAGUUCUACAACAGCACGCUGAUCAGGAGAAAUGGCGAGGGCGUGGACGAGCAGACCCUCACGCUCAUGUACUCGGUCACCGUCUCCAUCUUUGCCAUCGGUGGCCUGCUCGGUUCCUUCAUGGUGGGAAUGCUCGUCAGCAGAUUCGGGAGAAAAGGGACGCUGGUGUGCAGCACGGUGCUGGUGUUUAUAGGGGGCGCUCUCAUGGGCUCCAGCAGGAUGUGUGGCUCACCUGAGAUGAUCAUCGUGGGGAGGUUUAUCACCGGGAUACACUCAGGGAUCUCGCUCAGCGUCGUGCCCAUGUACUUGGGGGAGAUCGCGCCGAAGAACCUGCGAGGGUUCCUAGGGCUGGUGCCCAGCAUCUUCAUCUGCAUCGGAGUCUUCAUCGCUCAGAUCCUGGGUCUGCACGAGCUGAUGGGGAAGGAGGAGUACUGGCCCCUGUUCCUCUCGCUGGUCGUGGUGCCCACCUUCAUCCAGCUCAUGCUGUUGCCAUGGUUUCCAGAAAGUCCACGGUACCUGCUGAUAGAGAAGCGAAACAUCCACGCUACCAUCACAGCCCUGAAGUGGUAUCGCAGGCGGAGCAAUAUCCAGGCAGAGGUGGAGGAGAUGCAGGAGGAGAGCCGGUCGCUCUCGUCCGUCCAGACGCUGUCCGUGCUCGAGCUGCUGCGCGACCGCUCCGUCCGCUGGCAGGUGCUGACCGUCAUGGUGGUCAACGCCGGCAUGCAGCUCUCCGGCAUAGAUGCGAUCUGGUUCUACACCAACGACAUAUUCGAGAACGCGGGCAUUCCCCGGUCCCAGAUCCAGUACACCACCGUGGGAACCGGAGCCAUCGAGGUCAUCGCCGGCCUGGUCGGGUGCUUCACCAUAGAGAGACUGGGCAGACGACCCCUGAUGAUUGGUGGAUUCAGCUUCAUGGGAUUCUGUUGUUGUGGAAUCACACUGUCACUCAUCCUUCAGGCCAGUAUACCCUUCAUGCACUACAUCAGUGUGGCCUGUGUAGUGGGAAUCAUCGCUGGCUUUUGCAUAGGACCAGCCGGCGUGCCUUUCUUGAUGACAGGGGAGCUCUUUAAGCAGUCCCACAGACCUGCCGCCUUCAUAGUGGGAGGGUCACUCAACUGGCUGUCCAACUUUACCGUCGGAUUCAUCUUCCCCUUCCUGCAGAUGUCCGCCGGGGCGUACUGCUACCUGGUCUUCUUCGCCGUGUGCGCGGGCGUGUCGGCCUACGUCUACUUCGUCAUCCCCGAGACCAAGAACAAGACCUUCGUGGAGAUCAGCCAGAUGUUCAGCUCCAAGGACAACGCCAUGGAGAUCCACGCCCUGGGCGUCACGGCGCAUGGCAGCAAACUGAACGGCUACGGCGCCCUGGAAGAGGACAGGGAGAAAUAG